AUGGAACUGCAACACCUGGCAGCUGUGAAUGUGGUGCAGGAGCAGGAGGCUCAGCGACGGCUCUGCGAGGGCAGGAGCCUGCAGCUCGCGACCGAGGUCGAUGAGCAGCAGGAGGCUCUCUCGGAGCUGCAGACGAGGUUGGUAGAGGCAGAGGCCGAGCGUCGCGCCGAAGCGCUCUGCGCGAGUCGCUUCCAAGUCGAGUCCAAGCGAGCUGAGCAACUCCAGGAGGAGGCGUCCACGCGUUUGGAGGAGGCGGAGCAAGCAGCCAAAUUGGUCGGCAAUCUGGAGGAGGAGGCCCGCAGCCUUAGCGAACGGUUGGAGCUCGCGGAGCAGUUCACUGAAGGCUACGAGCGUCGCAACUCCGAGUUAGCAGAGCAGCUCAAUGGCAAGCGCAAGGAGCUUGCGAGUCUCAAGGCCCGCAUGGCUGCAAAGACCACCGAGCACGAGGAAGCGAUGAACGCUGCAGAGAUCGAGGCCCGGCAGCUCCAAGCUGCGUCGCAGGAGCACGCGCACAGCGAGGCUGAGAUGGCUGCCCAGGCCAGUGCAGAGCUCGCAGAGCUGCGGCGACGCUUUGAGGACGACGGCCUGAGCGAGGCGAGAGCUAUGGCGAAGAUGAGCGACGAGUUGGCCACGGCUCACCAGCGAUCUUUGGCAGCACAAGCGGUCCAACGACAAAGUGUCGAGCAGGCUCGCGCGGUCGAGCUGGAACUCGAGGAGACGACGGCAGCAUUGAGACGGACGGAGGCGGCUUGUGCUGCAGCUCAGGCAGAUGUGGCCCUGGCACAGCAGCGGUACGCCGCGCAAGAGGGACAGUUGGAAGCCUUGUCUGCCGAGUUCGAAGCCAGCGAAGCCCGCAGCUUUGAGCUCGAAGGUGCCUUGACGCAGCAGCUGCGACAUCUCGAUCCCAGCAUAGGCCACAGCCUGCGCGGCGUGAGCAUCCACCACCUCUCAGCUCAGUUCUUGGAGUUGGUCUUGCACGCAGGUCUCGGUAUGGAGGCGAGCCUGGAGGAGGCUGCCAGCUGCGUGGCCAAGGAGAGGACGGAGAUGGUGACUUGCCCACGAGAUGGCCUGCAGGGGUCUGCGUAUGUGGACUCCAUCUAUGGCCCGGAGAACGCUGGCCCGGCGACCCACAUGCUCAGCUGCUCACCCCGGGAUGCGGUUGGCGAGGUGGUGGGCGCGCUGGAAGAGUUCUGCCACGACCGCGGGCUGAAUCCUCGGCAGACCUAUGUCUGGACUUGCAGCCUCUGCGUGAACCUGCACCGCUCUCCUCCUCAGCUUCCGGAGCGGAUCGCCGACUUCAAGAGGUAUGGCAGCCAGAUCGGAAAAGUUCUGGUGAUCCUGAUGCCUUGGCAUUACCCUGGAAGCCUCGGCAGCCUUCCCAGCCUCUGCGAGCUCUGGCAGGCAUUGCGGCUGGCUGACAGCAGCACGACAUCACCGAAGGGCCUAUCGCCCUCGCGCGGGCGCAGGAACCUGGCUUGGGCAGACCCCGGAGGCUGCAGCGGCUGCGAGGUGACGCUGCUGCUGCCACCCAGGGCCGCGCAGCUGCUGCGCGAGGAUCUGGCCUAUGGGGAAGACGCUGCCAUCCGGGCAUGGCGGGGUUUGCAGGGCAGUUGGCUCCAGGAUGCCAUCACCGUCCACGAAGAGCAAGCACCACUCCUCGAAGUGCUGGGCUGUGGUCUCAACCUCUUCAAGGCGGACUGCUUCAUGACCCGUGCCCUGCAGCAGUGGCUUGCAGUAACCCUGGAGAAGCAGCUGCGCCUCAUGCUCACGAACUCGGCACUGAAGGCAGAUGAGGCCGAUCGUCUUUUCGAUGCUGUGGGAUGGAUGUUGUGGGAGACUGGACUUCGCGAGCUAGCCGGAGAACUUCUUCAAGAUGGGCUACAGCUGGCUCUGCAGUCCAUCUUCCCUGCCAGCUCAAACCGCGCUGCAGCUGCCAGCCGCCUGGAGGUCAACAAAGCCAUGACCAACCUCGAGGUGUUCCAGUUGGCCGGCUCGCUGUUCGAGCGCGCGGGCCAGCAGGACACGCCAAGUAUCGCCACGCUGCUGACCCACAUGGGUGUUGCCAAGGGUGAUGCCGGGGAUCACCAAGGGGCCAUGGAGGCCUUUUGGCAUGCUCGGCGUAUUCGCAAGGUCACGGGCACGCUUGAAACCGUGGCAGGUGCCGUGCUGCUGUGGAACAUGGGCUUCGCGCUGGAGCAGCUGGGUGACUUCGAACGGGCCUACGAAGCCUACGAGGCCGCGAAGACGCUGCGCCGAGCAAGCGGGACGCUCGAGUCCGCGGCCGGGUUGCGGCUUCAGCGCGCCCAGCUGAAGCUGGAGCGAGGUCUCCAUGGGGCGAACCACAUUACAGCUGCUGCUGAGCGCUCACCGCCCGACUACUCACCACAUUCCAUGGUUUGGGAGCGGAUACACUCCCCCUCGACCUCCUUGCGCACGCUGGAAACGCCAACGAACCAGUUUCUCUGA